CGGAAAUCUGAUAGCGCUUAGCGCUUGACUGCCUCGCUGCGGCCGUCAGGGUGGUGGGAGGCGUUGCCGGGGUGUUUUGUCUCGUGGCACUCCAACCCGCCACAGGUUGUCCAAUCAACAGUGGAUUUCCUCAACGUCUUCCAGUCCUCCUCUUUCCCCAAGCACUACGGGAGCCAAGAGGGACAAGAGGGACAGGUGUCAAUCAGAGAAAGAAAGAAAGGCGGCGGCGGCGGCGGUGGCGGCAAGUAAGACGUCAUAAUGGCAGCCGCCAUAAUGAAGAGCGCACCAUGCGCGGGAGGAGUUCAACUCUCGGCGCGUUCCUUACACGUGGCAAGCGCGAGGAAGGCCACGUGUGCUUCCCCUUCUAUUCCAGUGAGGUUCCAGAGAACGACCAGAGACAAUGCACUUGCGACGUCGACUUCAUCUCCCCUCUGCUGCUCGAUGCGGCGGCGGUGCAGUUUUGCAGCAGCGGGCUUGUCCAAGUCCUCACUUUUUGGCGCCUCUUUCAGACUGGCUGCUGACGUGGCAGCGCCGGCGGCGGCGCGCUUUGGACGGCGGCGGCGGAAAGAUGGCGGGAAUGGCGGCGCCAGUUCCCCAGCCCUCCGCCGAGCUGUACGUGCUUCUGCUUCCGCUGGUGCUGCUAUGUCAACAGCCCCGCAAAUAGAACGCAUGCCGUCUUUCCUCUCCGGCCCGGGGUUGAAGCACUUGGGCACGGGGCGGCGAAAGUGUGCCAUUGCGCGGGUAUGUCUCAUCGAGGGCACAGGUAGGAUCGUCGUCAAUGGAAGACCUGGCGCUGAUUACCUACAGAGUAAUCCUGAGCUUGUGCAGUUAAUUCAAUGGCCGCUGGUAAGUCUAGGGUAUGAGCAGAAGUAUGACGUGUUCGUUAAGGUGCAGGGAGGUGGGAUAGCUGGACAAGCAGGAGCCAUCGCACUGGGAAUAUCCAGGGCGCUCUGCCAAGCCAACGCGGCAAAUCGAACGCCAUUGAAGAGGCAGCACCUCCUCACGCGAGACUCUAGGGUUAAGGAAAGGAGGAAGUAUGGUCUGAAGAAGGCCCGCAAAGCCCCGCAAUUCUCCAAGCGAUGAGAGAGAGGGGCUUUGUUAAUUGGGGUGGGCUUUCUUAAUUGGGGUUAAGGAAAGGGGGGUAGUUGCAAAAUGAGGAUCCAGGAGGAGGAAUGGGGAAUCGGAAGCCACUGAAGAGGCAGCGACCUGCUCACGAGAGUCUCUAGGGUGGAGGAAAGGAGGAAGUUUGGUCUGAAAGGAGGCGCGCGCAAGACUCGGCGACUCUCCGAUCGACCAAGCGAUGAGAGAGGGGUGUGUUGAUGAGAGAGGGAGCCUGUUAAUAGGGUUAGUUUUGGAAAAUGAGGAUGCAGGCGGAAUGACUGUCGACGAUGGCGUGUACACACACCCUGAGAUGCAAGGGCAAUCAAUAUACAUGUAUAAAUACACCCUGAGAUGGAAAUGUUGUGUUGAGGUUGUGUGCGUGAAAUGAAUGGAUGGAUUGGAUGUGUCUCUUGGUUUUCUUCCCUUGCUGUGUUGGGGUGGCUUUACUUGUUCGUUUUUUUUUUUUUUUUUUUUUUUUGGGGGGUUUUUUUUUUUUUUUUUUUUUUUUUUUUUUUUUUUUUUUAAUGUUCGUCUUUCAGAACCACAUUACGGUAGGGUAGUAGAGUGCGAAAUGAGGACGCAGGCGGACUGAAUAGUGACGAAUCUGACGAUGAUGGGCAAUCAGCAGCACGUAUAGACUCUCACAUUUGAGAUGGAAAGUGUUGAGGUUGUGUGGCUGGAAUGAAUGGAUGGAUGUCGU